UCGAUAACCUGCUGCAGCAGCAAAACAAAGAAAAUUGUAAACCAAAUUAACGCAAUUAAGCGGAGUAAAAAAAAACCUAGAUUACCACAAAAAAACAACUACUGAUAGUGAGUCAUCGCAAAGCAAAAGCUUUACCGGCCAGAAUGGCAGAAACCCGGAAAGACGCAGCGCCGCCGAGCUACGACGAAGUCAUGAACGCCUCUUCUCAGGAUUCUCGACUGAUUGCAGGCGUGCACCAUGGAGCACCCAGUGCCCCACCUCCAAACAUGCAUAUGCCCACGUACGGAGCUUUCGAGACAACUCCGGUGAGUGUGGUAAUCCAGCAGCCGGCUCCAGUGGUCGCCUUGCCCACGGAGAUCAUUGUAAUUGGCGGCUGCCCUGCCUGUCGCAUUGGCUACUUGGAGGACACCUUCUCCGCCUGUGGCCUGUGCUGCGCCAUCUUCUUUUUUCCCGUGGGAGUCCUCUGCUGUUUGGCCAUGCGGGAGAAGCGUUGCACCAACUGCGGAACGGUAUUCUAAGAAGGGGGAUUCCCCAGGGACGUGGGGUGGACUACUAUUCCUUAUUGGGCCUGUUUUUCUAUAUAUAUCACAAAACUCUCAUAUUUUUACUAUUGUUAUCGUUAGAGCCUACAAAUCAUUAAAUUUUAUGUGUAAAUAUGUGAAUCAUGGCCAGUUUUGCGGUCUGCCCCCGAUUUCCAGUCGGUUUCGAUUGAGCGAUAUGUGUACAGUGGAAUGUCCAUAAACCGAUAAGGAAAUUCUGCUAUAUAACUUUAUAUAUAAUCAGUUAUUGGUCAGGAAAAAUAGUUGUUUAUUAACAGAUAUUGUAUAUUUUUUAAACUAUAGACUUAAAAAUUGUUUGGUAAAACAAAAAGCCUAUGAAUUAAUAUAAGUUAAAAAUUAAAAUAAAAAUAGGAAGCCUCAGAAAUUGCUAAGGAUUUAAAUUCGAUGGAUAUCUAGGCCCAAAGUGUGUUAUUCAAUUAUUUAAAUUAAAUUUAAAAUUUAAAAUGACAAACUUUUUGACACUUUCUAAAGAUUUGAAUUCCCUAACUAUUUCUGUGGUAUUCCUUAUAUUUUAUUAUACGAUUUAUGGGUGCUAUGAAGCUUGAUUCGAUAAAUAUAUAUAGAAGCCACACUGUA